AUGUUUAAAAGUGAGAUGAAGGCGGACAGUGAGAGGCUGUCGAGGAAGGUUCGGUUCCGCGUCGCGUCCUCGCACAGCGGGAGGGUGCUGAAGGAGGUGUACGCCGACGGGGAGGGGUUGAGUGAAGUGGAUGGGCAGCAGAAUGGACACAUAGGCUCCGAGUGCGAAGAAAACGAGAAUGAGCAGGAUGACUUGCUCAUUUUAGUCAGAGCCACUAAAGAGAGGGGGUUUGGUACAAAGCGAGUCAACAUCCUCAGCAAAAACGGCACAGUCAGGGGAGUCAAGCAUAAAGUCAGCGCUGGUCAAGCUCUUUUUGACAAUUUGGCAAAAGUAUUUCAGCAGGUAUCAACAGUGCUAGAGUUUGGCCGCAUAGUAAUUUAUACUACCAGCCUUCGUGUGGUGAGAACCACUUUUGAAAGAUGCGAACUGGUUAGAAAGAUCUUUCAAAAUCACAGAGUUAAAUUUGAAGAAAAAAACAUUGCUCUGAACAGUGAUUAUGGAAAAGAACUAGAUGAAAGAUGCAGGAGGGUCUGUGAAGUUCCCUCACUCCCCGUUGUGUUUAUCGAUGGCCAUUAUCUUGGGGGUGCUGAGAAAAUUUUGCUAAUGAAUGAAUCUGGGGAACUGCAGGAUCUCUUAACCAAAAUUGAGAGAGUCCAGCACCCUCAGGAGUGCCCCUCUUGCGGGGGCUUUGGUUUCCUGCCGUGCUCAGCGUGCCAUGGGAGCAAGAUGUCUGUGUUUCGGAAUUGCUUUACGGACUCAUUCAAAGCCCUCAAAUGUACCGCUUGCAAUGAGAAUGGGCUACAGCGCUGCAGGAGCUGUGCGGGCUAA